AUGGAGACCCAGGCUGCCCACUCCUUCCAAGCCAGCGAUAAGGCGGUUCCCCAAUCCUGUUUCUGGGCCGGUGCGGGCGAGUGGCCCGGCCGGGCAGGGCUCUGCGCGGGGAGGCGCUGCCCCCUGGCGGAGGCUCGGGGAACGGCGGGCCGCGAGGUCGCCCGAGUCCCGUCCCCACCCCGGACCUGGGCCUCCCUCUCCGCCUGGGACGCGGCUCUCCCACCCCGGCGCCAGACCGGCCUCCGCGCCGCUGCCCGGGCUGCCGCCUCCACGGAGCCCUCCCACCAGCGGCCCCCGCUCCCCCUCCAUGAGACUGGCCCCAGAAUAUGA